CCGCGGUUGCUGAGGCGAGUGUGAGGGCUAAGCAGUUAUGGGGCUGCUGUGAAGCUUUUCUUUCUAAACGUCAGAAGGUUCCUUAGUACGAGGAAGACAAGGAGCUACUGGAGGGGGUCCAGGGGAGGGCCACAAAGAUCCUUUGGGGUCUGGAAUGUUUCUGUUGUGAGGAGAGACUGUGAGCUGGGCCUGUUUACUCUAGGAAGGAGAAGACUGAGAGGGGCUCUCAUCAAUAUGUACAAAUAUCCUAAAGGCGGGUGCUGUCUUAAAGUGAAGGGUGCCAGACUCUUUUCAGUGGUGCCCAGCACUGAGUACGAGGGUCAGUGGCCAUAAACUAAAACACAAGAAGUUUCACCUCAACAUGAGGAAGAACCUCUUUACAUUGAGGGCGGUAGAACACUGGAACAGGCUGCUGCGGUGGUGCAUUCCCCCUUAACUCCCUUCCAGACUGCAGUGUGGGCUGAGAAAUUUUUGAGCAAUCUCAAGCGCACUCAUUCGGGACAGCUGCUCAGGCAGGUCGUGGAAUCUCCCUCUCUGGAGACAUCCAGAACCCACCUGGACACGUUCCUGUGUCACCUGCUCUAGGUGACCCUGCCUUGAGUUCACAAUGACGAAUGAAGAACCUCUCCCAAAGAAGGUUCGCCUUAGUGAAGCAGAUUUUAAGGUUUUGCCUAGAGAUGAGCUUAUCCUAAGGUGGAAACAAUAUGAAGCAUACGUGCAAGCUCUGGAGGGCAAGUACACAGACCUUAAUUCUAAUGAUGUGACGGGGCUGAGAGAAUCUGAAGAGAAGUUGAAACAGCAACAGCAAGAAUCUGCCCGAAGAGAAAAUAUUCUGGUGAUGAGGCUGGCAACUAAGGAACAGGAGAUGCAAGAGUGUACUAAUCAGAUUCAGUACCUCAAGCAAGUCCAGCAGCCUAGUGUUGCCCAACUGCGAUCAACAAUGGUAGACCCAGCCAUCAACUUGUUUUUCCUAAAAAUGAAAGGUGAACUGGAACAGACUAAAGACAAACUGGAACAAGCCCAAAAUGAACUGAGUGCCUGGAAAUUUACGCCUGAUAGCCAAACAGGGAAAAAGUUAAUGGCGAAGUGUCGAAUGCUUAUCCAGGAGAAUCAAGAGCUUGGAAGGCAGCUGUCCCAAGGACGUAUUGCACAGCUUGAGGCAGAAUUGGCUUUACAGAAGAAAUAUAGUGAGGAACUUAAAAGCAGUCAGGAUGAAUUGAAUGACUUCAUCAUCCAGCUUGAUGAGGAGGUAGAGGGUAUGCAGAGUACCAUUCUAGUUCUUCAGCAGCAGUUGAAGGAGACUCGCCAGCAGUUGGCACAGUACCAGCAGCAGCAGUCCCAGGCCUCCAACCCAGGUACCAGCAGGACUCCAUCCUCUGAGCCCACGGAGCAGGGAGAGGCUGCGGGCAAAGACUGCAGCCGCCUGGCAAACGGACCAAGCAAUGGCAGCUCCUCCCAUCAGCGGACGUCUGGGCCUGGAUUUUAUAGGGAGGGUAGCGGCACAGAGGAUGACUUCCCGGCUUCUCCAGGGAAUGGUAAUAAGCUGUCCAACCACUCUGAAGAUAGAACUGGUAGAGGAAGUGGUAGCUACAUAAACCAGCUCAGUACUGGGUAUGAAAGUGUAGACUCUCCCACUGGCAGUGAAAACUCUCUCACUCACCACUCAAAUGACACAGACUCCAAUCAUGAUCCUCAAGAGGAGAAAACAGUGAGCAUGAAAGGUAACAGAACUGUGGGUUCUCGUCAUGUCCAGAAUGGUUUGGACUCCAGUGUAAAUGUGCAGGGUUCAGUUUUGUAACAUUUUUCAGCAAAAUUUUUAUACAGUGUCAUUGAAAUUGGGAGAGGAUACUGUCCAGAAGCCGUUUAAAUUAGUGCAUACUUGUCACAGUUUUGCCUUUUUGUGGGUUUCUUUUUGCUUCAAUACCUCUGCCACUUUGGAAAUUUUAACAGUUAAUUACGUUGAAUGUUGCUAAAAGGAUGUUUGUGUAGCUCAAGUUAUUUUUAUAUGAGUUAAUGUGAAGUUGAAAUGGAAAUUAUUUCCAUAAAGUAUAACAUAAAUGAUGUCUGUACAAAUCUGUGUAUAUCUAGAACCUGUGCUGUGUAAGGGCAUUCUUACUCAUACUGUUAUACUUAACACCACCUUCAAGAUUUGUCAUAAUAGCUGUGGGUUUGACUGCCAAGUUUGCCCAGUACAGUAGUUUUAUCACUAAAAAGAUGGACUUGCUGAAGGAGUCCUGUAGUAGUUUCAGUGUUAAUUACAGUUUUUCCCCACCAUACAUCUGUGCAUUUUCUCCUUAGGUGACCGAAUGUUUAUGAAUUGUGUGCAUAGUUACUCAGUUUUUAAGAACUGUUGUAUCCUGUUGAUGCAUAUUGCUCUGUGACUCCAAUAUUAUCUUACCUGUACUGACCAAACCUAAAUAAAAACUUUUAAUAAUGUAA